AUGGAGAAACAGGCGCUCCUUGGGGGGCCAACCGCCCAGCCACGACCGACCCAGCGUCAACGAGCGACAUCCAAAAACGCGCUUUUCAUCGCAGUUGUUACGUUGUGGGCAUUAGCUUCCUGGCAUUUCUUUAUUCCUUACAGGAAUCCAUGGCCGCACAGCGCUGAACCGGGGAUGCGAGAGUAUGCGGGGGAGUCAAUCGAGUGGCGGUUGUGUGGUGACAUCACCGGCCAUGACCUCGAAUGCAGCACUGUCGACGUGCCAAUGGAUCAAUUCAAUGCGACAAACUCCAGAAACAAAACCUUCCAGAUCCCUCUCGUUCGCAUGCGCGGCAGAAAUGCCACCAAUAAUCUACUUGUCAACCCUGGCGGGCCGGGCGCGAGCGGCAUCAGCUAUGUCUACGGCGCUGGCGAGAAGCUCAGCAAGCUCAUCGGGGAGGACUUUCACAUCAUCGGGUUCGAUCAAAGGGGGGUCAAUUCCUCAACUCCCGAGGCGACAUGCUAUGUCGAUGCAGAAUCGCGAGAGAGGCUCCGGCCCAGACGCUCGACGGACCUCAUACGGGACAGCCCCUACCUGUACGCGUGGUCGACUAACUACGUGCGUGCCUGCCAAGAAAAUUCCGGAGAUCAUUUUAAAUACAUCAAUACACCGCAGACAGCCGCCGACAUGAAUAGCAUUAUUGAUGCCCUUGGACAGAAACAUAUGUACUACUGGGGCAUAAGCUACGGCUCACUGCUUGGCCAGGUCUACGCUACGCUCUUUCCUGAGCGGUCGGAGCGUAUAGUCAUCGACGGCGUCACGGAUCAAGCUUACUGGUUUGAAGAGUUGAUGGAAACGCAACGAUAUGAUGACACUGGCGCCGUUGUUGACGGCUUCUUUGAAGAGUGCGUCCUUGCUGGAGACGCUUGCGCACUGAGCAAGUUUGGCAAGACCGGUCCGGAGCUGCGAGAAAACGUGACUAGCGUCAUCAACUCGUUGUACAAAAGCCCGGCCAGUGUGUAUAUAAAUGGUACCGUAUAUGGUACCGUCGACGAUUUCGAUUUGCGAAUCCGGAGUCUCUUCCAAGAGAUGUAUUCACCUGCCCACUGGCCCGCGCUUGCCCAGCGACUAGCGGAUCUCCAAGAGGGUAACGCGACGGGCGUGUUUUUAUCCUACGUCAAGGACAAUGCACUUGACAAUGUUCCAGAGGCCAAUCUUGCCGUUCAAAUGAACGAUGGUCAGUCUGGACCGGCAUUCUGGCCACAGGGCCGGAUGCCCUUGAUGGAGAAGCUGCUGCCGUACUUUGACAAGUACCGGUUUGCCCUCGGCGACAUGAUGGACUUUCACGUGAAGCAGAAGUGGACGACUCCGAAAACUCACACCUACAGGCCAAAGACAAAAGUCGAAACUACGUCUCCGCUCUUGAUUUUGUCAACGACCUAUGACCCCGUGUGUCCCUAUGCUGCUGCACAAAGCGCGCAGAAGACGUUUGUCGGGUCGCGUCUUGUUGCUCUUGACGCAUAUGGUCAUGCAUCCAUUGCGAUGCCAAGUUUGUGCAUGGCAAACCACGUACGUGCAUACUUUGAGAAUGGAGCUCUACCCGAAGAGAAUGUUGUGUGCAAGCCCGAUGGGGCAUAUUUCCCGAAUGGUGAAGAGGUCGCAGAUCAUCCGUACCCUCUGGAACAGCAAGAGCUUCUGACCGCACAAAGUGCUUUGGCGGACAUGCAUCGCGCUUUUUUGUAA